GCCUCAGAGAGGCGGAGGCAGAAGCGCAGCGCUAGCUCGGCGCUCCCUUACCCAGGCGCCCGCCCAGUUUCUCCCCCCGCCGCUCGGCCGUACACCGGCUGGCCCACAGCCCGCCGCCCCCCCGGAGCUCCUUGGAGGUGUCCGCGACCGAGAGCCGAGGGUGAAACUGCAAUUAUGGAACAGAGAUCCAGAAAAUGACAGAAAAAUGUUAGUUGCCCUCUUCUAGGACACAGUCAUGUUGGAAGGAUUGGUAGCCUGGGUCCUCAACACCUAUUUGGGCAAAUAUGUCAACAACCUGAAUACAGACCAACUUUCAGUUGCUCUUCUGAAAGGUGCUGUUGAACUGGAAAACUUACCACUAAAGAAAGAUGCCUUGAAGGAACUGGAAUUACCAUUUGAAGUAAAAGCAGGUUUCAUUGGCAAAAUAACACUACAGAUACCAUUUUAUCGCCCACAUGUGGAUCCAUGGGUGAUAUCUGUCUCAAAACUGCACUUAAUUGGUGCACCAGAAAAGAAAGAAGAUUUUGAUGAGGAAAGGGAGAAGUUGCAAGAAAGAGAACAUAAGAAAGCUCUGCUUCUAGCACUUGAAGAAAAAUGGAAAAAAGAACGACAACAGAAGGGGGAAUCCUACUGGUACUCAGUUACGGCAUCUGUAGUCACCAGAAUUGUAGAAAACAUUGAAUUAAAAAUUCAGGAUGUCCAUCUGAGGUUUGAAGAUGGUGUCACAAAUCCUUCGCAGCCUUUUGCGUUUGGAAUAUGCAUCAAAAAUGUAUCAAUGCAAAAUGCAGUAUUUGAACCAGUGGAGAAACUGAUGCGGAAAAAGCAGUUAGAUGUUGCUGACUUCAGUGUUUACUGGGAUACCGAUUGCACUUUAUUGGGUGACCUACCUCCUGGACAGCUGCAGGAAGCAAUGGAUAAAAGUAUGGAAAGCCGUGAUCAUAAUUACAUCAUGGAACCUGUGUGCACUUCUGCUAUUCUGAAGAGAAAUUGUUCUAAGGAGCCUUUAAGGUCUCGCCAGACUCCGCGGCUUGAAUGUGACAUUAAGCUUGAGACGAUACCCUUGAAGCUUUCACAGAUGCAGUAUCAGCAGAUCAUGGGAUUUUUGAAGGAACUGGCUAGAAAGGAACGACAGCUUAAAUUCAGGAAGUGGAGACCAAAGGUUACAGUAACAGAGCACUGCCGAGAGUGGUGGAUCUUUGCUUUGAAUGCUAACCUUUCGGAGAUCAGGGAGCAGAGACGACGUUCUACCUGGGAGUUUGCAUUGCAUCGAGCCCGAGAUGCAGUGUCUUACACUGACAUGUAUUAUAGCAAGUUGAAGGGGGAACCACUGUCCACUGCAGAGGAGGCAGAAAUGUGUCGUAUUGAGGAUGAGCAAACGUACGAAGAGUUGAAGAUACUGUGUGAGAUAGUUCAUGAUAAAUUUCACGACCUAGCUGAGAGUGUUAAAGAGCCGUUGCCUGAUUCUCCCGGAGUUUCUCCAACAGCAGAAUCUGCACAUGGCAGUAGCAGUGGAAUGCUGCAGUACCUUCAGUCUUGGUUUCCUGGCUGGGGAGGCUGGUAUGGAUAUGCGCAGCAAACAUGUGAAGGUGAAACUUUUGAAGGAUUGUUGCCAGAACAACAGGAACAGUGGAAUCCGGAAGACAUACUAGGAGCAGAUGAUUUUUUUGAUCCUGCUGCAGAUGCCUCUAGCAUGAAUACAUUUACAAAAAGGGAUCAUGUUUUUGCUAAAUUAAAUCUACAGUUGCAAGGUGGCUCUUUUACUCUGUUGCACAAGAAGAAGAAAGUGGUGCAUGUUGAGGAGAGCGCUUUUAUGCAGCUGGAGUUUUCAGGUGUAAAGAUCUUAGCAGAAUCUCUUCCUCGACGAAAUUCUUCACUUCUAAAAGUUCAGCUUGGUGGUCUUUUUCUGAGGGAUUUGGCAACAGAAGGGACCAUAUUUCCUGUUCUUGUUUUCCCUAAUCCUCAAAAAGAGGUUGGCUGCGUAUCUUCCUUUGGACUACAGAAUUUGUCUUCAGAAAUGACUAAUCAGAACAUUGUUGCAGAUCCUGAUGCUCCAGUGUUUGAGAUGCUUUAUGAAAGAAAUCCAAUCCACAGCAAUUUUGAGAGGCGCCUGGAAGUCAGUACCAGACCUCUAAAUAUUAUUUACAACCCACAAGCCAUUAAGAAAGUAGCUGACUUCUUCUACAAGGGAAGGGUUCAUACCUCAGGUUUUGGCUACCAGUCUGAGUUAGAGGCAAAAGUGGCUGAAGCUGCCAGAAGACAGUACAACAAGCUGAAAAUGCAGACAAAAGCUGAAAUCAGGCAAACUAUCGAUCGUUUACUAGUAGGAGACUUCAUUGAAAACAGCAAAAGCUGGACAGUGUGCCUUGAUAUUUCUGCCCCUCAGGUGAUCUUUCCUGAUGAUUUCAAAUUUGUGGAUCCAGUGCUAGUUGUUAUCGAUCUGGGAAGAAUAUUACUUACCAAUUCUCAAGAAGAAUCUAAAAGGAAUGCAGAUACUUUUUCAUCAGAAUUCAAUGAACUAAGUGAUGAAGAAUAUAAAACACCUCUUGCAACUCCUCCCAAUACUCCGCCGCCAGAAUCCAGCACCAACAGUGGUAUCAAAAUGUCUGAAUUUACUGGUGUAGAAAUAAGUGAAGAGCAACUACAAGCACACUUAAUGAGUAAAAAAAUGUAUGAGAGAUACACACUUUCAUUUAUGGACCUUCAGAUCAUGGUGGGCCGAGUGAAAGACAACUGGAAGCAUGUUCAAGAUAGUGAUGUGGGUCCAACACACGUGGUAGAAAAAUUCAAUGUUCAUUUGCAAUUGGAACGCAGAUUGAUAUACACAUCUGACCCAAAAUACCCAGGAGCUGUCUUGUCUGGCAGUCUACCAGACUUGAAAAUUCAUAUCAAUGAAGACAAAAUAUCAGCUCUGAAGAACUGGUGUACACAGCUGAGUGCAUCCGAAGCUAAGUCUUCAGAUGGUCUACAUUUAGGAAAAGACAAGAUUUUUUCAGAGGUAGACCAGCUUGGCAGUUUGCAUGAUUCUGUAAUGAAUCUAACGCAGAGUGUUGUAAUGCUAGAGCAACAUACCAGGGAAGUUCUUGUUGAAUCUCAGCUGCUUUUGGCUGAAUUCAAAGUAAACUGUAUGCAGUUGGGUGUUGAAAGUAAUGGACGAUAUAUCUCUGUACUCAAGGUUUUUGGCACCAAUGCCCAUUUUGUGAAAAGGCCUUAUGAUGCAGAAGUGUCCCUGACUGUUCAUGGCCUGUUACUUGUUGAUACUAUGCAAACAUAUGGAACAGAUUUUGAUCUCUUGAUGGCUUCUCAUAAGAAUCUGAGUUUUGAUGUGCCAACAGGGAGUCUUAGAGACAGCAGGGCUCAGUCACCAGUUUAUGGACCAUGUGAUGCACAUCCCAUUGAUGCAGCUAGUCUGACAGAGAGAUGCGCCGCAGCAUCAAACACUUCAUCUGGUAACAAUGGGAAAGAUCAAGAGUCCCUGAUAAAAUUCGAGUAUCAGUUUGUGAGUGCAGAAUGCCCGUCGAUGAAUUUGGAUAGCAGUCUGCAGGUAAUCUCUGUACAGGUGAACAACCUGGAUAUCAUCCUUAAUCCAGAGACAAUUGUUGAACUCAUUGGUUUUCUCCAGAAAUCUUUCCCAAAGGAGAAAGAAGACUCUAGUCCUCAGCCUUUAAUGGCGGAUUUGGAAAGAGAUUGGAGGGAGCAGGAAACCUUUCAGUCUACUUACGUGCAGAAUACAGAGGUAGCAGUUGAUAUUCACUGGCUGAAUAUACUCCUCCUCAGGACAGUUGGCAUGACAAAUGGAGAAAAAUAUGGCAGAAAAAUCGCAACAGCCAGUAUUGGUGGCACCAAAGUCAAUGUCUCCAUGUGUAAUAAAUUUGAUGUGAAUGGCUCUCUUGGAUGUCUUCACCUUAUGGAUUUAACACAAGACAGCAUUAAGAACCAGUAUGUUGUCAGCAUAGGGAAUACAGUAAGGUAUGAAAAUCUCAUUGGUGAUGUAGAUUACCUUGAAUCAUUGUUCUUUAGACUUGAUGAUGGAAGUAGCCUUCCGGAUGCUUUAAGUUUCACUUUGACAGAAAAAUCAAAAGAGGAAUGCUCUCUCAACCUCAAAAUGGCCUCCUUACACUACAACCACUCGGCUAAAUUUCUGAAAGAACUAACUUUGUCAAUGGAUGAAUUGGAAGAGAAUUUCCGCAGCAUGCUGAAAAGUGCAGCUUCCAAAGUUACUACGGUCUUGGCAACUAAAACUGCUGAAUACAGUGAAAUGGUUUCUUUGUUUGAUACAACACCAAGAUCAAGAGAUGUUGCCAGCUUAGAAGAAAACGAUGGCUAUGCAUUUGGAUCACCACCUCUCAAAAGUGAAACUAUUAAGCUUAUAUUAAAUGUAAAUAUUGAAUCACCAAUUGUCUCAAUACCUCGAAAGCCUGGUAGCCAUGAACUGCUUGUAGGCCAUCUAGGACAAAUAUGCAUUCAGAAUUUUGUACCAGGAGAAGAUGAGUCUACAAGUGAUAGACUGCAAGUUGAAAUUAAAGAUAUUAAAAUGUAUUCUUUAAAUAGCAGUCAGUUUAUGAGCAAGAAAGAGUCUACAAGUGAGAUACCUCAUGGGCUACAUUCUUCAGGUCCUGCCAGUAUUAAUAGCCAGGAAGAAUCACAUUUUACUCGUCACGACUUCUUUGAAUCGUUACAUAAAGGCCAUGCUUUCCACAUUCUGAAUAACACCACCAUCCAGUUUAAAUUGGAGAAGAUACCUCUAGGGAGGGAUUUGGAUGUAACAUUCCCACUGAGCAAUGAAGACUUCGGAAUAUCAAGCAUUAUGAAGAUUGAAGGAAAAUUUGUGAACCCUCUUCAGGUCGUGUUAGCAAAACAUGUGUAUGAACAAGUCCUGCAAACUCUGGAUAAUUUAGUUUACAGUGAAGACUUGAACAAAUUUCCAGCUGCUACUGUAUCUUCAACUUGUCAGACUUCUCCUUCAGCAUCAGUUCAUAGUACAGGCACAGAAUGCUCAAGUGAAUGGAAGGAUAAUGGCUUAUUCAGCCAUUCUAGUUUUUCUUCUGUUCCGAACAAGUCAUUGGCUGUCAGGGAAACAAAAUCUUUUACUCAGAUUCAAGCAAACUUCCACAUCUCAGAGCUCCAGGUUCAGUUAAGUGGUGAUCUUACACUUGGUGCACAAGGUCUUGUCAGCCUUAAAUUUCAGGAUUUUGAUGUUGAGUUUGCUAAAGAUCAUCCUCAGACUUUGUCUGUUCAGAUUGCCUUACGUUCUCUACUAAUGGAAGAUCUUCUGGAAAAAAAAACAGACUCUAUGUAUAAGAAUCUCAUGGUGUCCCGUGGAGCACCCAAACCAUCCAGUUUAGCACACAAGGAGUAUCUUUCACAGUCUUGUCCCUCAGUAUCCAACGUAGAAUAUCCAGAUAUGCCACGUUCCCUACCGUCUCAUAUGGAGGAAGCGACUAAUGUCUUUCAGCUAUACCAAAGACCAGUUUGUGCCUCACGUAAGAAGCAGAAAGAAGAUACUGAUUCUGAGUAUCCUCUGACUCCACCUCCUUCUCCAACAGCAGACAGAUCCAAGUUGCCUUGUGGAAAAAGUCACUUUGAUGAUUCAUUGGUUCACAUCAAUAUAUUUCUGGUGGAUAGGAAACAUCCUGAAUUUUCUUCUCGCUAUAACAAAAUUAACCGUAGUAUAGACGUUGAUUUUAAUUGUCUUGAUGUCUUAAUAACUUUGCAAACCUGGGUGGUGAUACUGGAUUUCUUUGGGAUUGGAUCCACUGCUGAUAAUCAUGCAAUGAAGCUACAGCCUGAAGAUACUCAGCAGACAACUAAAUCGGAAGUAAAUACCUCAUCAGUUUCUCAAGCCCAAGAGCCUGUAAACACUAAACUGGAUCUGAAGGUCCAUUCUUUAUCUUUAGUUCUGAAUAAGACAACUAGCGAGCUUGCUAAAGCCAGUGUGUCAAAACUUGCAGCUCACUUGGAGGUAAUUGAUGGAGAUCUAGCCCUGCAAGGAAGUAUUGGAAGUCUGUCCUUAAGUGAUCUUACAACUCAUGGAGAAUUUUACAGAGAGCGUUUCACUACAAGUGGUGAAGAGGCACUCAUUUUUCAAAUCUAUAAAUACGGACGGCCAGACCCCUUGCUGCAGAGGGAGUGUGAUAUUCGUGUCACUCUGCGAAUGGCAUCUGUUCAGUAUGUGCAUACCCAGCGCUUCCAGGCAGAGGUGGUAUCUUUCAUCCAACAUUUUACUCAGCUUCAGGAUGUUCUGGGGCGGCAAAGAGCAGCAGUUGAAGGACAAACAGUAAGAGAUAAAGCGCAGCGAGCUUCUCGAGUUCUUCUUGAUAUUGAGGCUGGUGCUCCCGUGCUGCUUAUACCUGAAAGCUCAAAGUCUAAUAGUCUUAUUGUAGCUAAUCUUGGAAAACUGAAAGUCAAGAACAGAUUUCUGUUUGCGGGUAUGCCAGGUACUUUCUCAUUGAAGAACAAGCAGGAUUCAUUUCAAUUUUCAUCUCCUUUGGGAACACCAAAACACAGCAUGAAGAAAACAGCAAGUGCAGAUGAAUCGAAAGUAGUGACAGAAGGGUUGUUCAUGAAAAAGUCAUCAGGAGCAAAUGUUUCUAGGCUGAAGAGUGAGCCUAUGCUGAGCGCACUGAGUAAGCAACAAGGGCAACAAUCAAAAUUACCUGUUGUACCAAACCCUGACAGCCCAGAGGAUCACAUCUGCCUCUUAGACUGCAUUGUGGUUGAUCUGCAGGACAUGGACAUAUUUGCUGCGGAGAGAUACCCGAGAGAGUAUUCUAAGGCCGUGGAAGAUAUAAGUGCAGACUUGAGCUUUCCAUCAUACUUUGUGAGGCAGACAGGAGGAAGCCUUUUAAAAGAACCUUUCAGACUGAAGCUACAAGUAGAGAGAAACUUAGACAAAGAGCUAAGUCAUGCGGUUGCAGACAUAUUGAUACACGGCAAUCUCUCAUCAGUCCAUUGUUCUCUGGAUUUGCCUAAGUACAAACUGAUACGUGGAUUGCUGGAGAACAACCUUGGGGAGCCUAUAGAAGAGUUCAUGCGACCUUAUGAUUUGCAGGAUCCAAGAAUUCAUACAGUUUUGAGUGGAGAAGUGUAUACUUCUAUGUCUUUCCUCAUCGACAUGGUUAAUGUGAGCCUGGAACUGAUGGAUCCAAAAGGAAAAGAUGGAUGCAGCUCUUUAGCCAGGUUUGAUUUUAAGAAAUCUAAGUUACUUUUUGAAAGCUCUUCAAAUAGAACAAAGUCUGUAAACUUAGUUUCCCAUUCCAUGAUGGCAUUUGACACACGUUAUGCUGGACAGAAGUCUACUGCAGGCACACCCAAUGUGUUCAAUUGCAUCUUUCAGUCAUCAAAGAAUACUAGUAGUCCGGGAGCUAUCCAGAUUGAAUUGCAUUACAGGUCUACUAAGGAUUCCUCAAGUUUUACAGUUGUACUGAACAAUCUUCGUGUAUUCCUAAUAUUUGACUGGUUGUUACUUGUUCACGACUUUUUAUAUACUCCUGGAGAUACCAAAAAGAGGGAAAAUCUCAUUUCUUCCCGGCAACGCACUUACAGCAGUGAAACAACUGUAGUUCCAAAAACAGUGAAAAGUGGAGUAGUUACAAAACGUUCAUCACUGCAUGUGUCUGCAGAAAAACAACUGGAAGUUAAGGUCAAUGUGACAGGAACGGAAUUUGUGGUUGUUGAAGACAUGUCUUGUUUUGAUACCAAUGCAAUUAUUUUGAAGGGAACUACUGUUCUCACUUACAAGCCCAAGUUGUUAGAUCGUCCUUUCUCUGGAAGUUUGUUUGGCAUUGAGGUUUUUUCAUGCCGUUUAGGAAACGAACAAGAGACUGCACUGUCAAUUAUUGAUCCAGUACAAAUUCAGGUGGAACUUGUUGGGAAUCCUUCCUACCCAAGUGGUUCAGGACUUUUGGAUGCUUUCAACAGUGAGGAUUUUCCUCCUAUUCUGGAGAUUCAGUUGCAAGCACUGGAUAUCAGACUGUCCUACAAUGAUGUUCAACUGUUCUUGGCAAUCGCUAAAUCAAUUCCUCAACAGACUAGUGCAGCUGUACCUGACUCAACUAUAUCGACUGCUGAAAGUACAACUAACACUAGUUCAUCACUGGUGCAUGAAACUUCUUGCUUCACAAAUGAAAACAGAGAGAUACCCAAACGUGUUUUGGAUCCUGUUCUUGAGGUACAGCUGGCUCGCCUUCAGGAAUUGGGAUUCAGUAUGGAGGACUGUCGUAAAGCUCUUCUGAUUUGCCAAGGUGAUUUGAAAAAAGCAGCAAGUUGGUUAUUUAAGAAUGCUGAACCUUUGCAGUCACUUUCCCUGACUUCCUCUGGUCGAGAUAGCCGGGGGAUUGUGCCUUUUCAGUUCAUCUCUGGAGUGGAACUAAAAGCAGAAAGUAUAUGUAUUUGCUUUAUCGAUGACUGCAUGGACUGUGAUGUUCCUCUUGCUGAGUUAACGUUUUCACGUUUGAAUUUUCUCCAACACUUGAGAGCCAACCCUGAAGGCUAUGCUCAUUUUACCCUCUCUGGAGACUAUUAUAACCGUGAGCUUUCAGGCUGGGAACCAUUUAUUGAGCCAUGGCCAUGCUCAGUUUCCUGGCAACAGCAUGCUUCAAGCCGCCUCCACCCUUCCCGACUGAAGCUGGAAAUUAAGGCUAAACACCGUUUGGAUAUAAACAUUACCUCUGUUUUCAUAGAACAGUACACAAGUACCAAACAGUCAUGGAUGGAAGAUUACUGUAAACAGGACAAAGAAGUAAAUGCAAUCAGUUCAGAAGACUGGAUGGGCUCUUCGGAGGAUUCACCAUGUUUUGGGCAGACUGAGAUGAAGACCCCAAAACGUAGACAGCCAUUUGUCCCGUUUGCUCUAAGAAAUCAUACUGGAUGCACUCUGUGGUUUGCUACCCUAACUACAACACCUACCCGGGCUGCAUUGUCUCACAGUGGGAGUCCAGGUGUUGUUCCUGAGGAAAAUGGGACGUUACUGGAUGAUGCCCAUAAUGUCAGUGAGUGGCAAGAAGUUAUCACGGGGGAAGAAAUUCCAUUUGAAUUUGAAGCCAGAGGGAAACUCAGACACAGGCACACGCAUGAUCUGAGAAUUCAUCAGUUGCAAGUGAGAGUAAAUGGCUGGGAAGAAGUAAGUCCAGUAUCUGUAGACAAGGUUGGAACCUUUUUCCGAUACGCUGCACCAGACAAGAACUCAUCUUCUUCUACUGUUGGAAGCCCCAUAAGUAGAACAAAUAUAAUACAUCCACAAGUUUAUUUUUCUUCAUUGCCUCCAGUUCGUGUGGUAUUUGACGUAACCAUGGAAGGUAGUGCUCGGAAAGUGAUAACGGUGCGCUCAGCCUUGAUUGUGAAGAAUAAGCUGGAAACACCAAUGGAACUAAGACUAGAUAGUCCUUCUGCUCCUGACAAACCUGUAGUUCUUCCAGCAGUUAUGCCAGGAGAUUCCUUUGCUAUUCCCCUCCAUCUUACAUCGUGGCGCUUACAAGCCAGGCCAAAAGGACUGGGAGUCUUUUUCUGUAAGGCUCCAAUUCAUUGGACUAAUGUUCAGAAGACAGCAGAAGUAUGUAGCAGCAAGCGAGAGUGUCAUUCAAUGGAGUCUGAAAAUAGCCGAUUUUUCAGGUUUUGUGUGGCGAUAAAGAAAGAAAAUUACCCCGAUUACAUGCCCUCCCACAUAUUUUCUGACAGCGCUAAACAGAUUUUCAGACAGCCUGGGCAUACUAUUUAUCUCUUGCCAACUGUGGUAGUCUGUAACUUGCUGCCUUGUGAACUUGAGUUUUAUGUUAAAGGGAUGCCAAUUAAUGGGACGCUUAAACCUGGCAAGGAGGCAGCAUUGCACACAGCUGAUACAUCUCAGAACAUUGAGCUUGGGGUAUUGCUAGAAAACUUUCCAAUCUGUAAAGAGCUAUUGAUUCCUCCUGGGACACAAAACUAUAUGGUGCGGAUGCGAUUGUAUGAUGUCAACAAACGGCUGCUAAAUUUGACCAUAAGGAUUGUAUGUCUUGCUGAAGGUUCUCUAAAAAUAUUCAUUUCAGCACCAUAUUGGUUAAUCAACAAAACAGGCUUACCACUUAUCUUCAGACAAGAUAAUGCAAAAACAGAUGCUGCAGGUCAGUUUGAAGAGCAUGAACUUGCUAGAAGUCUCAGCCCACUUCUGUUCUGUUACGCUGAUAAAGAACAGCCAAACUUUUGUACAAUGCGGGUUGGAAAAGGGAUCCAUCCCGAAGGUAUGCCUGGCUGGUGCCAGGGUUUCUCCUUGGAUGGUGGUAGUGGUGUCAGAGCCCUUAAAGUGAUCCAACAUGGAAACCGACCAGGCCUCAUUUACAACAUCGGUAUUGAUGUGAAAAAAGGCAGAGGUCGUUAUAUUGACACGUGCAUGGUAACAUUUGCACCCCGUUACCUGCUAGAUAAUAAAUCAACCUAUAAGCUUGCCUUUGUUCAGAGGGAAUUUGCCAGAGGCCAGGGAACAUCCAAUCCUGAUGGCUAUCUCUCCACACUUCCUGGUUCCAGCGUUGUGUUCCACUGGCCACGUAACGAUUAUGAUCAACUCUUAUGCGUGAGAUUAAUGGAUGUCCCAAACUGCAUUUGGUCUGGAGGAUUUGAGGUCAACAAAAAUAACUCAUUCCAUAUUAAUAUGAGGGACACCCUGGGAAAAUGCUACUUCUUAAGAGUAGAAAUUACUCUUCAAGGAGCCACAUACCGCAUUGCGUUUAGUGACACAGAUCAGUUACCACCACCUUUUCGCAUAGACAAUUUUUCCAAGGUCCCAAUUGUUUUUAAUCAGCAUGGUGUUGUUGAGCCAAGACUAUAUACUGAAGUGAAGCCUAUGACCUCUCUAGAUUACGCCUGGGAUGAGCCUGUUCUACCACCUUUUAUAAUGCUGACAGUUAAAGGGGCUGGCUCCUCAGAAAUCAUCUGUAGCAUGAAUGACUUCCAAGACAGCAAACAACUUUAUUAUGAAAACUUCAUUUAUAUUGCUGCUGCAUACACUUUCUCAGGUUUACAGGAGGCAAGCGUAAGGCCAGUUGCUUCAAACAGGGAUGCUGCAUAUGCAGAGCUUGUCCUUGAUGUUUCUCCAAAGACGCAGCGAGUUAUACUGAAAAAGAAGGAGCCAGGAAAACGAUCCCAGCUUUGGAGAAUGAGUGGCACAGGAAUGCUUUGCCACGAAGGUUCAUCAGUUCCUCAUAACCCCCAUAAACCUUCUCCUAGGUCUGUGGAGUCUUGUAUGAUUUUAGAUAUUGCAGGUCUGGCAGCUGUCACAGAUAACAGGUACGAGCCGCUGAUGCUGAGAAAGCCUGAUCGACGGCGCAGUACCACCCAAACAUGGAGCUUUCGUGAUGGAAAGUUGACCUGUGGUAUUCAUGGACUUGUUGUCCAGGCAAAGGGAGGAGUAUCAGGUCUUUACGAUGGAGCAGAAGUUGUUCUUGGUCCUGACACUUCUCUUGAACUUUUGGAGCCAGUUCCACCUGAACAGCAGUUCAUAAACCAGAAGAUGAGGCCUGGGUCAGGAGUAUUAGCUGUUAGAGUCAUCCCAGAUGGGCCAACUCGAGUUCUGCAGAUAACAGAUUUUAACCAACGUAGAAAUGAUCGUUUAUCUGGUGAAGGAGAUGAAUUUCCAGUUACGGAACAAGAUCUACGCAAGUUAAAAAAUCCAAAUAUGGAGCAGGAAUUAGAAGUGCUUGUGAGACUGGAAGGUGGAAUAGGAUUGUCUUUAGUCAACAAAGUCCCUGAAGAGCUGAUAUUUGCAAGCCUCACAAGAAUUAAUGUCCACUACACACAACUGUCAACGAGUCAGGUGCUAGAGCUCAGUGUGCAUGAUGUACAGGUGGACAACCAGCUUAUUGGCACCACACAGCCUUUCAUGCUCUUUCUGACGCCUAGGAUGAGUGAAAAUGAGCCUGUGGAGACUGGUCCUGCAGUGCAAGUAAAUGCAAUGAAAUUUCCCAGUAAGAAUACGAUGACUGAUAUAUACAAGCAUCUGAUGAUCACUGCUCGGAAGUUCACAGUUCAAAUUGAGGAGAAACUGCUUCUGAAGCUGCUGAGUUUCUUUGGCUAUGCUCAGUCUGAAUCAGAGGUUGAAAAGUAUGAUGAAAACCUCCAUGAAAAGGUUGCUGAAAAAAUUGGAGGACAAAAGCGAUACUACUUUGAAAAUCUCAAAAUAAGCGUGCCUCAAAUAAAGUUGAGUGUCUUCACUUCUAAUAAGCUACCUUUGGAUCUCAAGGCAUUGAAGAGCACACUGGGAUUUCCACUAAUCCGAUUUGAAGAUGCUGUGAUUAAUCUGGAUCCUUUCACUAGGGUCCAUCCAUAUGAAACUCGGGAGUUUAUCAUUAAUGACAUUCUGAAACACUUUCAAGAGGAGCUGCUCAGUCAGGCAGCAAGGAUUCUAGGUUCUGUGGAUUUCCUUGGCAACCCGAUGGGUUUACUGAAUGAUGUUUCAGAAGGUGUUACUGGACUUAUAAAAUAUGGCAAUGUUGGUGGUCUCAUCAGAAACGUCACACAUGGAGUAUCAAAUUCAGCUGCAAAGUUUGCUGGGACAUUGUCAGAUGGUUUGGGUAAGACAAUGGAUAACAGACACCAAACCGAACGAGAAUACAUUCGAUACCACGCCGCAACCAGUGGAGAGCAUCUUGUAGCUGGAAUCCAUGGACUUGCACAUGGUAUCAUUGGAGGAUUGACAAGUGUAAUAACUUCAACAGUUGAAGGUGUGAAAACCGAAGGCGGUGUCAGUGGUUUCAUAUCAGGCCUUGGGAAAGGCCUGGUUGGCACAGUAACCAAACCUGUGGCUGGAGCUCUGGAUUUCGCAUCAGAAACUGCACAGGCAGUGAGGGACACCGCCACUCUAAGCGGCCCCAGGACACAAGCGGAGAGAGUGAGAAAGCCACGCUGCUGCAGAGGACCCCAAGGGCUCUUGCCCCGCUAUUUAGAAAGUCAAGCGGAAGGACAAGAACAGCUGUUCAAACUGACCGACAACAUCCAAGAUGAGUUCUUCAUUGCAGUGGAGAACAUAGAGAAGUAUUGUGUUCUCAUUUCAUCUAAGGCUGUUUAUUUCCUCAAGAGUGGUGACUACACAGACCGUGAGGCCAUCUUCCUAGAAGUCAAGUAUGAUGAUCUCUACCACUGUCUUGUUUCAAAAGAUCAUGGAAAGGUGUAUGUACAGUUGACGAAGAAAGCUGUUAAUACAAGUAGUGGUGUAGCAAUUCCAGGUCCAUCCCAACAAAAACCAAUGGUCAAUGUGAAAUCUGAAGUUCUUGCAGUAAAACUCUGUCAAGAAAUAAACUAUGCAAAGAGCCUAUAUUAUGAACAACAGCUUAUGUUAAGAGUCAGUGAAAAUCAAGAACAAUUAGAGCUGGACUCUUGAAACAUCUUCCUUACUGACAGACUGAAUUGCAAGAAUCAGUCUGGAGCUGGUGGUAUUCUGUAACUAAAGAAAAUACUAUAUGGGAAGGAAAUAAAUAUGAUUUUAGUAUUUAACUAUAUGGAAUCAUUGUGAGUAAGAAAAUAAGUGUGGUGGGCUUUGUUUUGUUUUUAAAGCAUUAGUUGUAUAACUAAGAUACAGCUGAAAUGCAUCUGGUUCUGGGAGAAGCCUGUAUUUUGCUAACAUGUAUAUAUGUAAAAGUGUUUCUUGUAAAUAAGAAGGUACAGACCAGGGUGUUGGUAUAAACAGAAGUCUGUUUACUGUGUAAAGAAAUUAAAGGAUCUAUACUGAGUCUUACUGCAGUACCUGAAACCACCUGUUCUCUCUCUCUCUCUAUCUGCUUUUCACAGUUCAGGAAUAUAGGUAAGAGGUUUUUUUUAAAAACAAAAAAGAGUUAACUGCAGUUGGAGCACAGAAGUCCUGUAGUUCUUAGUUUUACCACUGUAAUUAGGUGUAUUGAUUUUUUUUCUUUUUUAUCACUAGUACAGCUAAAUGUAUGUAUACUUAAUAUUCCACUGAAAUGUCAUUGUUUUUAACAAAAUAAUUGUGUUAUGUUAAAUAUUGCAGUGAUGACUCACUAGUUCAAUUACAUUUCCACAAUACUAGAAAAGAAAAAGCUGAAUCUGUUCUGAUCCAGAACUCAAACUUAGCAAAGUCUGUAUUUCUGAAGGCCCCGCUUCCACGUUGUUUUGAAAAUCGUUUAAGUGAGCAGCCUUGAAAACCAAAAUCUUUAACUUCAGUUUUUCCCUCCACUCUGAUUAAGUGUAAAUAGAGUUAGGUGGUUAGUGGGGAAUUCUCUUAGCACUGGAAGUGCCUGGGAUGGGGGGGGGGGGGAGACAUCACUGCAUCAUUUGUCUUAAUGACAACCUCUUCAAAAUUAAACUUUUUGAAAUAAUAAAAAGAACAUGUUUUUUCAAACGUUGUAUAUAAAAAUGAGUAUUUGUCUCAUCAAUUUUAACCAAGCUAGAGGAGAUUGAGGAAUGUAAUAGAAGGGAUACCCUGCAGGUAGGUGUGUGGGUUUGGUUUUUUGUUUGUUUUUUUUUUUGGCCUCUCCCACCCCACUCUAGUUUUCAUAUGUGUUCCCUGGAGAUAGUUCAGCAACUGUGCUGAAUAUCUGCAUGCAGUACAGCACUCUGCUAUGCAAGGUUCAAAUGUGAGUACACGAUUUUCCCAGAACUGUUCUGUAACCUUUUGCAGAUUUCAGGAGCCUUUUAAGAAGUGUUGAUUUUUGUAAGCCUCCGACUCAAAAAUAAGAAGUCCCCUAUAACUUUACUUUCAUCUUAAUUUACCUUUUUACAUCCUUUAUGAUAAAGGCAUACAGGAAUAUUUUUUAACUAAAUGUUAGAAGUAAAACUGUUUUUAACUCUUGUACUGUGAAAGGUGGAGGACCACUGUGUAAGAACAAAAUGUAGUAUCAGUGGAUGUGUGUAUGGUCUGUGACUGGAAAUCAAAAUCCACAAAGUCCAUUAUGCAAAUGAAACUGAUUUAAUGCACCACUUUUGUAUAUUCCUCUGUAUAAUUUUUAAGUAAAGUGUAGAAUUCAA